AACUCAUAAACAAACAACAUAUUAAUGUAUAACCACGUUCUCUCGUCUGAGGUCUCCUUGGGGGACCAGCACCAUACACCUCUCCUCCCUACAUUUUCACCAUCUCCCAUUAUAAUGUAGCAUUUAUUUAUUCCAAUUCCAUGUUAUAUAUACCGCCCACACCAGAUACCCAUCUCUCUCGGUCUCUUUUUCUGUACAGAAAUUCUCUCCCCCACCCUGCAAGCAAAGCAGCUUUCACUUUGUUUUCGUUUUUUUAUUUUUUGGGGGGGAUUCUUUCUUUACCUUUCUUUAUAUCUCUCUCCUUUUGGUUUCUGGGUUUCCGUGCUCUCUCAUUGAGAUCUGCUUCAAAAUGGGACUUCUCCAAGGCACUUGCAGUAGCUCAAGGGAGGCACCUUACAGCCCGAAUGACUCUUCCGCUCUAACUAAAAAUCACUACCGUGACUGCAAUGGGCACAAAGUCAAGUCCAUUUUGAGGAAAAUGAUUUGGGAACUUGGUUUGGCACGUUUUCUUCCAGCUCGCCUCAGGCGAAGCUCUAGCAAGAAUCAGAGCGAGGCUGACCAAAACAACACCAUUAGCAACAAGAAUUUGGAACACAACAAGGCAUGGCUGUUAGCAGAGUCUGGUGGGUGUGGUGCGGAGUUGACAAAUGCCGACCCACAAUCGGUUCAUUCAUCUUUCAGGUUCAGUUUUUGCUCCCAGGUUGAACUCGAUACUCUGAAUAUGAAUUCGUCGACUGCUGCUACCGUUUUGAUGGUGAAUUUGGAUAGUGGAAUGACGGAGUCUCGAGCAAGAGAGCUCAAGUGGCGCAGAAUCGAGUCAUUGGAGAGGAGCAUUUCCCCAGUGGCCAAUACUCUGAUCAGAUUCAGCUAUGGUGAUAUUGUUUCGGCUACUCGCAAUUUCUCGAAAGGCAGAGUUUUGGGAAGAGGGGCUUUGAGCUGUGUCUUUAGGGCGAGAGUUGGGCUCUUGAGAACGGCCGUGGCGAUUAAGCGGUUGGACAAGGAAGAUAAGGAAUCUGCAAAGGCAUUUUGUAGGGAAUUGAUGAUUGCUAGCUCUCUUCACAACCCAAAUGUUGUUCCUCUGGUGGGUUUUUGUAUUGAUCCAGAGGAGGGCCUUUUCUUGGUGUACAAGUAUGUCUCUGGUGGAAGCUUAGAGCGCCAUCUGCAUGGGAAGAAGAAGGGCUCAAGAGCUGGUUCUUUACUUCCAUGGUCUGUGAGGUAUAAGGUAGCUAUCGGGAUUGCAGAGGCAAUUGCAUAUCUACAUAAUGGAACUGAGAGAUGUGUCGUUCAUAGAGACCUCAAGCCCUCUAACAUUCUCCUUUCUUCAAAGAAGAGACCGAAGUUAUGCGAUUUUGGAUUAGCUACGUGGACUUCUGCACCAUCAGUUCCUUUCCUCUGCAAAACUGUCAAAGGAACAUUUGGUUAUUUGGCUCCUGAGUAUUUCCAGCACGGGAAAGUAUCCGAUAAAACUGAUGUAUAUGCUUUUGGGGUAGUCUUACUGGAACUCAUUACUGGCCGGAAGCCAAUUGAAGCAAGAAGGCCACCGGGAGAAGAAAACUUGGUCCUAUGGGCAAAGCCCCUCUUGCAGAAAGGGAAAGGAGCCAUUGAAGAGUUGCUUGAUCCACAGAUCAAAUGUACCUUGAAAAAUUCGAAUCAAAUAGCACGAAUGAUUGAAGCAGCAGCUUCCUGCGUAACCAGUGAAGAAUCUCGAAGGCCUGGCAUUGAAGAGAUUAUUGCUGUAUUGAAGGGUGAAGAAUCACCUCUUUUUUCCAAAAGGAAGAAGCCCGGUUUUCUGGGAAACGGAUGUGUUAUUGAUUGUUACCCUCAAUUACAGCAAACCAAUAGUGAGAUGAAAAGUCACUUAGCAUUGGCAAUGCUAGGAGUUUCUGAGUUUGAAGAUGAUGAUAAUUUUUUCUGCCGAUGAGGCAUGUGAAAUUGAACUUUCUGGAUUUUCAGAUUUUUCUGAAAGUUGUUUGUUUGGAGAGACUGACACGUUAGAAGUGGAAGGGUGUUGAAUUUGUAAAUAGGAAUAGGAGUCUAUUGAAUGAUUGGUGUGUACAUAUCUUCAAUUACCUGUCCCUUUUCUACGAGGGAAAAGUGUAAUAGAUCUUUUCAAGUUCAGAGUUCCUUUGGCUAUGAGCCUCAUAAAAAGACAAAGGGGGUUUUAAAAACCUCCGUUUUUUUA